AUGCAUUUUUUAAACUGUUUCUAUCUCUUCAGUGAUCCACAUGCCAUAUGGAAAGAAGUAAAUCGGCUUGCAAGCGAAGGAAAAUGGGAUAAUCUUAAUAACCAGCCCAAACUAUUCAUGUUCGGCAAAGCAAGGAAGGAGGCUUACGCUGCUUAUAAUAUCAUCGUAACUGAUAUCUGGUCUGCUAGUCCUUAUGGACAGUUCACAAAAGGAAUCUUCCGCCUUGCUGCUUGUGUGCUCGCUGUUCAGUUUGUUGUACCAGAAGAGCACCGAUUGCACUACAAGUAUCGUGCGAAACAUGGGCAUGGACAUGAAGAAGAGCACGGGCAUCAUUAG